CGCAGAAGCAUGUUUCAGGCUUUAAAGUGACAGAAGGGGCGUGGCAGAGAGGAGACAGGCAUAAAUAGGAGCCAGAACUCCUGCAGAGUUCAGAGUAGAGGGAGCUAAGCUGAAGUCAAAGGCUGACUGAAGAUGAGUAGUUAUAAGGAGAAAGAGGAGGACAGAGCAGAGUCUCCAGUGUUCAGCUGUGUGUCUCUGAAGAGUGACAUGUCCAUGGAACCUCCUCUACUCUUCAGUAAUGAACCUGGACCCUCAAUCACAAAAGGUCAGGACCACAGACUGAGAGCAGGGUCUCCAGGGUCCAGCUGUGUGUCUCUGAAGAGUGACUGGUCCAUGGAUUGUCCUCCAAGCUUCAGUAAUGAACCUGGACCCUCACACACAGAAGGUCAGGACCACAGACUGAGAGCAGGGUCUCCAGGGUCCAGCUGUGUGUCUCUGAAGAGUGACUGGUCCAGAAGAGAGCCUCCAAACUUCAGUAAUGAACCUGGACCCUCACACACAGAAGGUCAGGACCACAGACUCAGAGCAGAGUCUCCAGGGUCCAGCUGUUUGUCUCUGAAGAGUGACUGGUCCAUGGAUCGUCCUCCAAGCUUCAGUAAUGAACCUGGACCCUCACAAACUAAGGAGAGGAAGAGGACUCAUGUUUCAGAGGAGGAGCAGUCGUCCUGCUGUGCUUCGUGUCAGGACGUCCUGAAGGAUCCAGUCUCCACCAGCUGUGGACACUGGUUCUGCAGACAGUGCAUCACCUCAUACUGGGACCAGUCUGGUUCUUCAGGAGACUCCUCCUGUCCCCAGUGUGGACAAAGAUCAAUAACAGCAGAUCGUGGUCUGCAGGAGGUUUCAGAUGAACAUAAGCUCAGUCUGAGGAGGACAUGUGAACAUGUGACUGAAGGAACUGAUGAAACAGGAAGUAGAACCCUCCUCAACAGGAUCUACACUGAGCUCUACAUCACAGUGGGACAGAGUGAAGAGGUUAAUACUCAACAUGAGGUGAGGCAGCUUGAGACGGCUUCCAAGAUGAAGAGCCUCCACGACACUCCCAUCAAGGUCCACGACAUCUUUAAAGCUUCCACUGACCAGCAGAGCAGCAUCAGAGUCGUCCUGACCAAUGGAGUCGCUGGCGUUGGAAAAACCUUCUCGGUGCAGAAGUUCACUCUGGACUGGGCAGAGGGUUUAGAAAACCAGGAUGUGGGUCUGCUGACUGUGCUUUCGUUCAGGGAGCUGAACCUGGUGAAGGACCAGCAGCACAGUCUCCUCACGCUGCUCCGUGUUUUCCAUCCAGCGUUACAGAAGCUCACAGCAGAGACGCUCGCUGUCUGUAAACCUUUGUUCAUCUUUGACGGCCUGGAUGAAAGCAGACUUUCUCUGGACUUCAACCACAGGGAGCUUGUGUCUGAUGUCACACAGAGGUCAUCAGUCAACGUGCUGCUGACAAACCUCAUCCAGGGGAAUCUGCUUCCCUCGGCUCUCGUCUGGAUAACCUCCAGACCUGCGGCAGCCAAUCAGAUCCCUCCUACAUGUGUUGACAGGGUCACAGAAGUACGAGGCUUCACUGACUUCCAGAAGGAGGAGUACUUCAGGAGGAGAUUCAGUGAUGAAGAGCUGUGCAGCAGAAUCAUCUCACACAUCAAGACGUCCAGGAGCCUCCACAUCAUGUGUCAAAUCCCAGUCUUCUGCUGGAUCAGUGCUACAGUUCUGGAGCACAUGUUGACCACAAACCAGAGAGGAGAGCUGCCCAAGACCCUGACUGACCUGUACUCACACUUCCUGCUGGUUCAGACAAAGAGGAAGAACAACAAGUACGGUGAGGGACAUGAGACGACUCCACAGCAACUGACGGAGGCUGACAGGGACGUUCUUCUGAAGCUGGGGAGGCUGGCGUUUAAACAUCUGGAGGAAGGAAACAUCAUGUUCUACCAAGAAGACCUGGAGCAGUGUGGUCUUAAUGUCACAGACGCCUCAGUGUACUCAGGAGUUUGUACUGAGAUCUUCAGAAGAGAGUGUGUGAUCUUCGAAAAAUCAGUCUACUGCUUUGUUCAUCUGAGCGUUCAGGAGUUUCUGGCUGCAGUCUACUUGUUCCACUGUUACACCGAGAGGAACACAGAAGAACUUGACAAAUUCCUCAAAGUCUCCCUUGAUGACCUCCUGAAGAGAACCAUGGAGAAAUCCCUCACCAGUACAAAUGGUCAUCUGGACCUGUUUGUUCGCUUCCUUCACGGCCUCAGUCUGGAGUCCAACCAGAGAGUCUUAGGAGGCCUGCUGGGUCAGACAGAGAACAAUCCAAAGAUCAUCCAGAGAGUCAUCAACAACCUGAAGGAGAUGGAGAGUGAUGACAUUUCUCCUGACAGAAGCAUCAACAUCUUCCACUGUCUGACUGAAAUGAACUACCACUCAGUUCAUCAGGAGAUGCAACAGUUCCUGAAGUCAGAAAACAUAUCAAUGAAGAAACUCUCUGAGAUCCACUGCUCAGCUCUGUCCUACAUGCUGCAGAUGUCAGAGGAAGUUCUGGCUGAGUUGGACCUGAAGAAGUUCAACACAUCAGACCAGGGUCGACUGAGACUGAUCCCAGCUGUGAGGAACUGCAGGAAGGCUCGACUCGUUCGUUGUGGACUCUCAGAGACUCACUGUGAAGUCUUGGCCUCAGCUCUGAAGUCAGACCCCUCACAUCUGAGAGAACUGGAUCUGAGAGAAAACGAGCUGCAGGAUUCAGGAGUGAAGCUGCUGUGUUCUGGACUUGAGAGUCCAAACUGUCGACUGGAGACUCUGAGGUUGUGGGACUGCAGUCUGUCAGAGAGCAGCUGUUCUUCUCUGGCUUCAGCUCUGAGGUCAAAUCCCUCUCAUCUUAGAAAACUGGAUCUGAGUCUAAACAUGCUGCAGGACUCAGGAGUGAAGGAGCUGUGUGGUUUUCUACAGAGUCCAACCUGUCGACUGGAGACUCUGAGGUUGAAGAGCUGCAGUCUGUCAGAGAUCAGCUGUUCUUCUCUGGCAUCAGCUCUGAGGUCAAACCCCUCUCAUCUGAGAGAACUGGAUCUGAGUCUAAACAGGCUGGAGGACUCAGGACUGAAGGAGCUGCUUGAUCUAAAGCAGAGUACAACCUGUAGACUGGAGACUGUGAGAUGGAGGGAGUGGUCUUUGUCCGGAGGCUGAAGCAGCAGCAGCUCGUCUGUAGAGCGGCUCUGACUGGGCCUUGUUGCUGGGAGGCAGAGAAGGUGCACUGCUCUGAGAUCAGCUCCACGGUCACACAGUGUCCAGUCCACCAUCCUAUAGCCACAAUUUGUGUUUCUGAUCAUUUAUGAGUUUAAAAUUCCUGUUUUCACAUCACAAGUUGAUUUAGCUCUAAACACAUUUUAAUCCCUUUGAAUGUAGGAGCCGUUAAUUAGUAACACUAAUAAGUAACACUGAUAAGUUAAAGAAAGAUAUUAUUAUUAUUUUGUUAUUUAUGAUAUAAGAUGUAAUGGGUUUGUAUUUUGGGGUUAUUAUUUGGUUAACUUGUUGUUUAUUGUUUACUUCCUAUCCUAUUCAUUUGGAUAUUGGUCAUACGAAUAGGGGCGGGAGUCAUAGUUGAUUUUAGCACCAUUUCACCUGUUUAGGAAGAAAAGAGUGUGAGUGGGGACGCUGUAUUAUUUGUUGAUCUUCUUUUUCCAUUUGAUCGAUUUAAUCUAUGAGUUUGAAAAUGGACAAUCAAAUGGAUCGUUUUUCUUCAAUAAAAGUUU